CUUUUUCUCGGCUGUCGCGCUCCGAGGUGGCAGAAGGCGCAGGGCGAGGGGGGUGCGCGCCUCCCCCGGGGGUGCGAAGACCCCACAUCCGCCCCGGCCAUGGGGGGCUCGUCCCGCAUCGCCUGGAUUUUGCCCCUUUUCUUGGCUGGGCUCGUCCAGCCGGGGCAGAGCCAGGAGAGGGAGAAGGUGAAAUGCUACGACUCGGUGCAAGGCACCAUCUACGACUACGGGGCCUUGACAAUCGACGGGGACGAAUAUGUCCCCUUUAGGAAGUACGCAGGGAAGAUGGUACUCUUUGUCAACGUGGCCACGUACUGAGGCCUCACCCUGCAGUACCUUGAACUGAAUGCACUACAAAAUGAGCUGGGACCCUAUGGGCUCGUUGUCCUGGGCUUCCCCUCCAACCAAUUUGGGAAGCAGGAACCGGGCCAGAACUCGGAGAUCCUCCCAGCACUGAAGUACGUCCGGCCAGGGGGUGGCUUUGUCCCCAACUUCCAGAUCUUCCAGAAAGGGGACGUGAACGGGGCCAAGGAGCAGAAGGUCUUCACCUUCUUGAAGAACUCCUGUCCCCCGGUGGCGGAGGAGUUUGGGAACCCCAAGAACCUCUUCUGGGAACCUCUGCGAAACCACGACAUCAAAUGGAACUUUGAGAAGUUCCUGGUGGGCCCUGAUGGAGUGCCCAUCAUGCGCUGGUACCACCGUGCCAACAUUGCAGUUGUGAAGAACGACAUCAUCGCUUACAUGAGGCAGCAGCAGCAGCAGCAGCAACAGCAGCAACAGGAGGAGGAGGAGAGCCAGUAGAGGCUGGGGCUGCUGGCCUUGGGGCUGGCUUCGCUCCCCUCCGCCUGCAUCCUCCCCUGGCUGCUACAGGGCUGCUCCCUCUCCCACCUCCUUGUGGCACCCCCCACCCAUCGCUCCCAUCUCUGGCACCCCUAGCCAUGCUGCUGGGCAACCCAGUGGCAGAGACCUCAGCGAUGGGAGGGGGGCAUUUCCUAAUAACCCUGUGUCCCACCACCACUCCUGGUGGUGACAUCUCCUGGCCACCAGCUUGCCCCCCUUGUGCCCCCUGCUCUACCAUCCCGCCUUGCUGGGCGGCGGGGGGAUGCAGGCGUUGGCCGCCCCUGGAGUAGAAGACCACAUCUCCAUGAAGGCUUGGCCUGAAAGCCCCCAGGGUGGGCCUGGCCUGAUCUGGCUGGCCACAGAGCAGCUCUUCAGUGCAUUCAAGCUGCCUGUGGUCCCAGCGCAGAGACGUGCUCCUCUCCUGGCCAGGUGCAGCCAGUCCCUCGUUCCCUGCCAUAGAAAUGCCAAAUAAAGGCUCUGCAAAUGUG